UUCCGCAAACAUGCCUGUUCCGCAAUAGUGACUUUACUAAAAGUAGCAGCAAACUGUUCCGCAAUAGUGACUCUCUUUAGUCUAUUAUAUAUAUUAGAUAAUAAUAUAAAAAAACACAUACCUAUAUAAACUAUUCUAGAUCAAUAUUAUGAAAAUUUCGACAUGGCAGCAAAAAUGGAAGGCAUAGAUCUAAUUAGAUCUAGAAGGACUUUAAACACUACAUUUUUAAGUACUAAAAAGUCAAUACCGGGAGUAGAACUGGCUGAAAGGCUCAGAAAAUCCUUGCUUAACCUUAAGAGUAAAUUUAUAAGUGCAAAUGGAAAGAUAGUUGAUUAUGAAAAAUUGAAACAAAGUCGUGAAUUUCAAGACUACAAAAAAGAUGCUGUGGACUUACAAAUAGUUGAUGUCAUCAAAAUGUCUGACAUCGAGAAAAAAGCAUUUUUUAUUAAUAUCUACAAUUGUUUAACUCUCCAUGGAUUGAUAGAGCAACCCAAACUACCAGAGUCAGUGCUUCAAGUUCAACAGUUUUUUAAAACAACUUCCUACACUAUUGCUGGACUUGUGUUUUCAUUAGAUGACAUAGAACAUGGAAUUUUGAGAUGCAAUAGACCUCACCCAUCUUCAACAAAACCUACAUUUUCACCUGAUGAUCCCAAACUAAAAUUCAUCUGCAAAACAUUUGAUCCCCGGAUACAUUUUGCUCUUGUUUGUGGAGCCAAGUCAUGUCCAGCAAUCAGUGUUUACAGUGUUGAUAAUUUGGAUGCAGCACUAGAUAAAGCAACAAGAAAUUUUUGCAGCCAAGAAGUUGUUAUCAGCAAUGAAAAGAAUGAGAUUUUUAUAUCUAAACUUUUCCAGUGGUACAGAAGUGAUUUCGGAGUUACAGAUAUAGAUGUCUUAAAAUGGAUCCUCCCAUUUUUAAGCCAGACAGAACAUGAUCGUUACAACAUGCUGAUUAUGAAACUGGAGAUGGUAGGAUCAGUAGCUGUAAAAUACUUAGACUACAACUGGUCGCUCAACAUUUCUUGAUGCUUACAAUAGUAGUGGAAAGGAUGGAUACAUUUUGUUAAGAUUCCUAUUGUAAAGAACUGAACAAUUCAACUUGAAUUUUUUAACACUAAAUGGGAGACAUUCUCUAAAAGAAAAAGUGCAAUAUAAUCUUCUUAACUUCUUUCAUUUUCUGCAUCAGAUGCAUGUUGCCACUGGGUGUUGCAUAGUCCUGUGAAACACUACAUUCAUCCUUAAUCUUUGGAAUUGAAGAUAUUGCCAUAUUAUUAUAUAUUAUAGCACCAACCAUUUUAUUCUGUACUCCUUUAAAAUUUAAGUCUACAGAUGCGUAAAUAGUAAUAUAUUCAUUCCUUUCUUAUUACAAAAACAUGUAUCUACAGGCUAUUUGAAAAUAUGCAUUUGCUUAUUAAACCAAUUAAAUUGUCUGAAUCUUUUUUUUUGAAAAUGAUUGAUUGCCACCCCUACUUCUAUUGGUACCUGAUAUGAAUUAUGGAUUUGGGGAGGUUAAACAUUGUACAAGAAAUGUAAAUUCAAAUGAAACAUAAAUGCAAUUUUUUUUCUUUUUGAAAACUUUCUAUUACCGGUACCAGUACAGAAAAUGCAACUUUAGAACCAACUUAUUGCUUUCGUUACAAUUAGUGGUUCGUACUUUAAAUACACAUUGGUUUAAAAUAUUUUUCUGCCACAACUUAGUCUCAAAAAAUGAUGUUCUUAAAAAUAAAUUAUUAGGAAUUAUGAUCUCCCCUUUCCUCUAAUUUCAUGAAUUUUGAACUUUUUUUUCUAGUUGUUUAAAAAUACCCUUUUUGCUGACCAAGUUGGUUAUGGUAUUUCUUCCUAUACACGCAACAGACUUCUGUUUAUUUCAUUAGGCACUAGAUGCUGACACUUGAACUACAUUUGUUUCAGUAGUAGCCUCUGUACAUGUGAUACUAUCUUCUUGUACUCAUAUAUUUGAUGUAUUUUAUCUAAUGUCUUAUCAUUUUACUAACAUUCCAUUCAAAAUGAUUAAAUCUUGCAUAAAUUCCUCUGGAUUUUUAGUUUGGUACCGGUAUAAACUGUGUUAUUGUAUACACUAGCCGGAUAUGACCAGCGACCCUCUUGACUUAGUUUGUGUUUCACUCAUCUAGAUUUGUUAAAAAGUUUACGGUUUACUUCUUCAAUAGAGAUAAACUUAGGCAUUUAAAAAAUUUUUUUUUUAUGGCUUUCUUGUUGUGGGAGACACAUCUAACAUACGCUACAGUCUCUGCCAUGAUCUAAGAAACACUCAUGCCAAAUUUUAUCAAUAUUGGUCAAAUGGUUUUGAUUUCUAUUCUAGACAUACAUACUCCUUACAUUCUGCUAUAUAUAUAUUAGAUAGCGACUGAAGGAGGCCAUAGACAUAAAUAUCUCCUCUUUCAUGGUGGAAGAUGAGCACAUUUCUCAUUUCCUAUGAACUCUAAGAUGGCUAUAUAGCCUCAGUCUAAAUAUCAAUAUCACACUCCUUGAGGGAGCUCGGAAGGGUGUGUUUGUAAGGGUUGUUUUGACCUCCUUGUCUUGCACACAGCUCCCCAUCAAGAAGUUGUUUGAGGAGGUAAUUUUCUGGCAUAUGGACUAGAUGACAAGGUAAACUUCUGUGUGUUGCAUGUGCCAGUGCUGCUUUUGGCAAACUCAAUAAGAAAUAUGACAAAGGGACUCUGCACAUCUACAAAACUGGAAGUCUAUUGUAUUCAAAUGUUAAUUGAAUUCUCUGCCUAAUGUAAAUCACUGAAUCAGAUUAUUUCGUUGACAACUUUGACUGUGAACUAUUUCUAAAUUUUUCAAAUACUCAUUAGUUGUAUGGUAGCUGUAAAGCAAAACAUUGUAAAAUUUUCACUUGGUACGAAUGUAAUGUGUGGCAGAAGUAUUUUAUGAAUCUUAUGUGAAAGUAUAUUUAGUAUUGCCUGAAUGUAACAUUGCACUAACCAGUGUGAUAAGAACAUUGGUCAUUUUUAUUUUCCUUAAUAUAUUAAAUUUGUGGAUUCAGGUCAUUUUCAUAGUUUAAUGUGUUUUAAUGUGUUUGUCUUACUUUCAUUUGGCAUCUUCCAAUUCAUUGCCCCAGAAGUAGCAAUUAGUGCCUGAAUAGUAAAUACCGGUACUCUGAACUUGUGUAUACCAGUCCAGAGGAUGUACUUGGGUGUAGUAUAGAUGUGUUCAUUAAUUAGGAUUUGUUUUUGAGAUGUACUGUGAAUAGAAUGGCACUUGAUUUCCAACUAGAGUGUGCUUUAAGAUUUAUUAGUAACUAGACAUAAUCCUACUUUGCUUUGGCCCCUUUAGUAAUGUGAAGGUCAAAGUAGUUAUAUUACAUUUGUACGGGUAUGUGAAGAAGGUACCAGUACAAACUGAGAAUAAAGGUUUUAUGUAAUACAUUU